UGUCAUCGCUUGUUUGGUACUGCUGCCAGGGUCUGGGGGGACCGGUUUGGAUGGCCGCUGCUUUCUUCACCUUGCCGGGUCGGUGGCGGUUGGUGAAGACUCUCAGGAUUUGACUUUUCCCAGUAGCAAUAUUGGCGGAGAUCAUAACCCCAGAGAUGAAAUUACAGAGACACAGUUGAAAGUUGAGACCUGAAUGUUGAAAGUAAACCUCUCCAAGAUGAUUGAAAAUCAAGAACUGAAUGAAUGAAUAGAGAUUGGUUCAGAAUUUACCAGCAGUUAAACUGCAUUUAUCUGGAGUUGCCAUGAUUGCAACAGAAGCCGAAUUUGAGAAAGCAAAGAAUAAGUUGAAGACUUUAAAGAACGAUCCUGGAAACGAAGUAAAAUUGCGAAUAUAUGCAUUGUUUAAACAGGCUACCGAAGGUCCUUGCAAUUCACCAAAACCCAGUAUGUUGGACUUUGUCAACAAAGCAAAAUGGGAUGCUUGGAAUUCACUUGGCAAAAUACCCAAGGAGGAAGCUAGACAAAAAUAUGUUGACCUCAUAGAAACAUUGGUUUCUCCAGAAGUCCCCACCCAAAGUGAAGCAACCAUCGCAGGAGAUUUGAAGUCAUCAUUCCAGACAAUAAGUGUCACAAGUGAAAACAACAUCACCACUAUUCUUCUAAACAGACCAGCUAAAAAAAAUGCUAUUUCUGUAUUGAUGUACGAAGAAAUUAUGAAAGCACUUGAACAAGCUGCAAAGGAUGAUUCUACACUGACUGUAAUGACAGGUAGUGGUGAUUAUUACUGUAGUGGGAAUGACUUGAGCAACUUCACUGAUAUUGGGCCAGAAGGAGUAGAGCAGAAGUCCAAGAACUCUGGAGAACUACUGAAGAGAUAUGUAAGCCAUUACAUUGAUUUUCCAAAGCCGCUGAUUGGUGUAAUUAAUGGUCCUGCUGUUGGAGUUGCUGUCACUAUUUUAGGCUUAUUUGAUGCAGUCUAUGCCACUGAUAAAGCCACAUUCCAUGCACCAUUUAGUCAACUUGGUCAAAGUCCAGAAGGUUGCUCAUCCUACACCUUCCCUAAGAUAAUGGGCACUAGCAAGGCCAAUGAAAUUCUCUUGUUCAACAAGAAAUUAACAGCAGCUCAAGCUUGUGAACUGGGAUUGGUGACUGAAGUAUUCCCUGACAGUACAUUCCAAAAAGAGGUUUGGAAAAAGUUACACGCUUAUGCAAAACUACCCAAAAAUUCUCUGGCCUUUUCAAAGCAGCUAAUAAGAGGUGUUGAAAAGGAAAAGCUGCAUGCUGUUAAUGCCCAAGAAUGUGAACGACUGGUGGAAAGAUGGUUAUCUGAGGAAUGCAUGAAUGCCAUAAUGGGCUUCUUUGAAAAGAAGUCAAAACUGUGAUUUUAUUUCCUCAUUGUUCAGUAAUUGACAUCCAGAAAUUUAAAUACUAGUUAUGAUUGGAAAACAUUUGUGUUAUCAAUAUUUUCGAUUGUUAAGGUUUUUUUAAUCAAUACUUCAUUGCAAUGUAAUUAUUGAUUAGUCAGCCAUACUGCUGUAUGUCUUCUAAGUGUUUUCAGAAAUGUAUAACUUUAAACGUUCAAUCUGAUGUGUGAUUAUUAAUUUGGAGAAUUAUGGAUGGCUAGGAGGGAACGAGUUGAAAUCUGAAACAUUAUCAGAUCUGUAAGUACUAUGUCACUCUUCUAAUUUUAAAGUCUGUAAUUUUGCAUCAUAAAUGGAUAAUACCAGAAACAAUGGUAAAGCUGUUCUGGAACUCUA